AUGGAUAAACAUGGGCCCCGUGACAACAAGACUCUAGGGGACUCCACUAUGAAUGACUCUUCAAAUCUUACAAGGAAGAAAAAUGACCUUAAAGCAUUCGUACAUCCAAAGAGGGGUGAUUCUCAGAAGUGGCCUAGUCUUGAGAGCCAGCCAAUUUCUGACUCAAAAGAUAAUGAGGAUGUUGAUAGCUCAGAUUUGAGGCUGAAUACACCUAAAGAGGAGGCUAAAUCUGAUAAUAUGAUGCCUAUCCCAGAAGAAGACCCUGAGAGAAGGGUGACCUCCAAGCGUUCUAGUAUAGCUGCCCCUUCUAAAAUUUUGGAGAAAGCUAAGAGCAAUCUUGUCAAGCAAAAAUCUGAGAAAAUUACACCAUUUGAGACUUUCCGAAUUGUCAUUGGCAUAACUUAUAUUCUAAUGUUUAUUGCCAUACUCGCUGUUGAAGAAAAUGUGUACCAAAGCGAAGGAGCCACAUUGGCAAUCCAGAUUAUAGAACUACUAUUCUUAGCAACUAUUGCCCUUGAUAGAAUUGUUGACCUUUUAGUGAAGAAUAAGAACCCGCUCAGUCUUUAUUACAGUAGUCUGCUCAUACCCAUUAUUUUGGUCCUAACAAUAUGGACAAUCCUUGAUAUGACAGAUAAGCAAGAGUUUAGGGAAUUAGGAGCCUAUAGAUUCUGUAGAGUUAUUUUAAUCGUUAUUAAAUUUGAUGAAUCCAAAUUCAUACUCCAAUACUAUUUUGGCCACUACAUACCUCAAAUUCAUAGCAAUAUGGCCAAUUCUGUUCCUGGAAUUUAUGGCUUUUGCUCUGAAUGAGGGAGCAAAACAAAAACAUUGCCCACAAUCCAUAAAGAUUUUAAAAAUAAAAAGCUAAAAAAGGACAAGUUCUGCAUUAAUUCUAGUGUAUUGGCCGUUCACAAGCGUCGAGAUUCCUACCACAUUCGGCAUAAGAUUAAAGAUAAGGUCCAGAAGUACGAUUUUGAACGAGAGCUUUCAUUGACGAGAAAGGCUAAAAACAUAUUACAUAAAGUUGACAGGUUCGAAUUUGACAUGUUUGAAUUAAGCAAGGCAACUAAUGGAAAUGAGUUGAUUACCCUUUCAACUUAUCUGCUGAACAGACACAACUUAUUCGUCACUUGAGCUAUUGAUCCUGUAAUAUAUCUGAACUUUAUCACUCAGAUCCAGGAUGGAUACUGUGACAUCGCAUAUCAUAAUAAGUGCCAUGGAGCUGAUGUCUGUAGACUUUCGUAUUAUUAUGCAACCAGGCACGGGCUGAUGGAGAAAGCCAAGUUGAGCGAGCUUGACCUUGCCACGCUCAUUAUCGGUGGGGGAAUUCAUGACUAUGGACACCAAGGAUAUAACAACUCCUUCCUGAUAGAGACCCAACAUUCUUGGGCUCUGAGGUAUAACGAUGUGUCUGUGUGCGAAAAUCAUCAUGUAGCUGCAGCAUUUCAGAUGAUCCGGGAGGACAAGAAGUGCAACAUCUUUGAACAUAUGAGCAGUUCUGAGUACAGGGAUUUACGUAAAUAAGCUCACCCAGGUCGUCAUCUCUACCGAUAUGGCCUUGCACAAUACACAUCUGAAUGAGAUGAAGGAGAUCCUUGGGGACGAAUGUUUUGAUAUUGAUUCUAACAAAAACAAAAUGUUUUUGAUGGAAAUGUGCCUUCAUGCUUCAGACUUAACAAAUCCCACCAAGCAAUGGCACGAGUCCCAGAAAUGGGCAUGCUUGGUGUACGAAGAGUUCUUCGUUCAAGGAGAUGCAGAGCUUGAGCUUGGGAUUCCUGUUAGCUCUAUGACGGAUAGACUUAACACGAAUAUUGCAACAGCACAGUUGGGCUUCAUUGACUUUGUGAUCAAGCCAACGUUCGAGGUUUGGUCUCAAUACCUUUCAUCAGCAAAGAUACAUCUAGACACCCUCCUUGCAAAUAGGAGAAAAUGGGAAGACAUGGAGGAAGAAUGAGAGCUUCUCAAGGAAAAUGGGAACCAACUCUUGGAAAGAUUUGAUGAACUAGAGCAGAAUGAACCUUCUAGUCGAGAAGGAAAUAUUCGACCUCCUAGCCAAGGAAACACAUGUAUUAUAGAUGAUCUCGUAGAACAGAAUAUUGAGAUUAUCGAAGACUCUGUCUAGAUAUAAGCGUUAGUUAAUGACU